CUGCGCUCAGUUCCAGCUUCAGUCAUGAUCCUGUUGUUUGUCACAGGUUUGCUUCAGAUAGUCCAUUCUGUGCCAUCAUGGCAAGGAGAUUCCUCAGCAUGUAGGAAAUUUCCAAAUCCAGUGAAUGGGAUUUCAUACUGUCGGACUGAUUAUUGCGUUGUUCGUUGCAAUGAAGGAUUUGACUUUGAAACCGAACCUGCAGUCGGUUACUUCUGCCAUCCAUCUGGAGUGUGGACAGCAGUGCCCACAAGUAGCAAUGUCCCAUGGCCAAACUGCACAGUAAGAGGUGCUGCCAAAAGAUCAGAAGUGCGUACAUUGCAUGCUGUUGGCAGUGGCUCUAACGUGGUGAAGAUAGAACAAAACAAACUACAAGUACCAGACGCUGUCUCACCAUCUAUCAAAAAGUGCCCACAAGAUAUUGUUAUAACUUCAGAAACCGAGCCUGUACAGGUCAGAUGGGAAGAGCCAGAAAUCAGUGUCAACAGUGGGGCCUUUAUUUCCGUCACUUCCAUAUCCAGCGGAUCAUUUUUCCGGUUUGGAACUCAUGUUAUUAAAUACACAGCCCAUGAUGAGUCAGGAAAUGAAUCAUCCUGUCAGUUUGAAGUUAUCAUUAACAGAGAUCUUGCUCUAUGUCCUAUGAAACCACCCUCAGAUGGGGCUCUGGUUUGUGGAACCUUUUCUUACUCCAGCAAAAAAANCAGUGUGAAGAAGUGGCAGUUUUGCAUCCCAUUCUGUAUCAGGGGCACAGAUUUCCAUACGAAGAUCGGUCUGGUGUCAUUUUGCAGGUCCUCUGAUUCCUCUCCAAGUUGGUUUCAUCACGAUCAGUCUUGGCACGUAACUGCUCAUGAUAUGCCACAGAGCUGCAAUGGCCAGAGGGGCAAAUCAAAGCAAGGAGACGAGCUGCAAUACUAUGAUGGCGAAUGCAGUACAGCUUCCGUCCAGAGUUUCAUUCAACAGGCCGCAAAGCAGCUGGUGGCAAAAGAUCCAUUUGUUGUGUCACAGUGUAUACUGCAGCCGGACAUCUGUGGGAAGUACAACCUAUCUGAUCUCUCAGUCCAAUGUGGUCCUGGGAACAUUCAGCGAGAUAUUGAAGCACCACUGGUAGUGGCCUGUCCUCAGAACAUCAGGAUUCAAACCAGCAAAGGGAACAGCUAUUGGAAUGAGCUGCCUGUGGUGUCGUGGAAGGAGCCAGUGUUUGAAGACAAUUCAAAAGGAUCAGUUACAGUGUUAAAGGGAGGGUCUGACAUAAACAAUGGUGAUAGGCUGCCAUAUGGUGACUAUUCAAUGGUGUACACUGCCACUGACCCUGCAGGAAAUACAGCAAAAUGCUCGUUUGAGAUCUCAGUGAAACCUUUCCCAUGCGCAAAGGAGCUGCCAGCAAACGGGGCGAUUGUCUGUGGCUAUCCGACAGUAGAAGGGAUAGACUUGAGAACAAUGGACUGUGUUGUCCUGUGUGCUGACCAAUAUCAGUUCAGCAGUAAACCGUACCCUAUCUAUGCCUGUUCAGAGGAAGGAGUGUGGUGGCCAUUCACCAGUACACGAGUACCAAUUGGACCACACUUUCUGAAUUUAAACCAAACCUGUUCAGACUCUGCAACAGUCAAAGACACAGAGGCUGUACCCGGGAUCUUUUAUUACAACGGUCUCUGCCAGGAAAGAAAAGUUCAAGAAGAAUUAACGGGGCGAUUGGAAUCUUUCCAGAGGAGUACCUCCGCCUACCAAUACUGCGAAAUAAACAAAGGUGGAAUUUGUGUUUGGGUUGUGCUGCUGUUGAUGUGUAACAGAUGGAGAUGGUGCAACACACUGUCAAGCAAAUUGAUUCAAUUCUACUUCAUUAAAUUUCUCCUAAUGAACCAAUUCCAACAGAGAGAAAAAAAACUAAUCUCUCCUGAUGGCUCAGCAAAGAGCAGAUGCAAGGACACCAGUGUUUGCAGUGUUCAGCAUCAGCUUCGCAGCACAGCUCGGAAGCAUUAAAUGUAUGACUGCGGUCAGCAAUUCACCUCAAUGUGCGAUGUUAUUUCAGGAUAAUAAAAGAUGUCACACUCUGAAACUAUAACUAAAAAUC